AAAAUGCAGACGUGUGGGCUUUUCAUCGUAUUGGGGUUGAUUUCUGUCGUAGUCGCGGGGGAACUCCAUGAAUAUAAAACGGAAGUAGAACUGUUGACGGAUGAAAGGAAAGUUGAGGAAAGACUGGAUGAUCCAGGUGUGCCGCCGGAUAAUGGCGGGAAUUAUGGUGAUCUGAUAUACAGACAAAGAUCUAACCAAGAUACGCUGCUCCUACGCGAGUUGGUGCUGAAUCAAGACCUCUCUUCAUCAACAGUAGACCUUCGAUGGGUUGUGAGCAUCCCAGGUAGCACCAUUACUUCGGUUAGAGUAAUCAACGUAGGAAGAGAAAGAGGGUACUGCUUGAGGAUCGACGUACAAGGAGGCGAUGUGCAGGUGUUCAUUAGAAUACCGCCGUACCGCGACCCAAGGAUUUUCAUUGAAGUGUAUGGAUACUAAAACAUGUUUAGUAUGAUUGAGGGA